CGCUUCGCUCUUGGGUCAAAAUGGCCGGCAGGUCCACCGUUGCAGCCUCAGGCCGGUGGCUGGAUGGCAUUCGAAAAUGGUACUACAACGCUGCGGGGUUCAAUAAACUCGGGUUAAUGCGAGAUGACACAAUAUACGAGAACGAAGAUGUGAUAGAAGCCAUAAAAAGGCUUCCUGAAAACCUGUAUCAUGACCGGAUGUUUCGCAUUAAGAGAGCCUUGGACCUGAGCAUGAGGCAACAGAUCUUGCCUAAAGAGCAGUGGACAAAAUAUGAGGAGGAUAAAUUCUACUUAGAACCGUAUCUGAAAGAGGUGAUUCGGGAAAGAAAAGAGAGAGAAGAAUGGGCCAAGAAGUGAUCAUGUCAUUGAAAUCUGUGGAGGUAGCUGCCUGCAGAGUAUUUUUAUGAAGUUGGUUCAACCUGAAAUGUUUAAUUUAAAAUCUAUCCUAGGCUGCAGAUGUAUUACUUUAAAUAAAUAUGUAUUGUAAUCUU